AUGUCUGCUUACUUGCAGGGCAGUUGUCAGCCAAGUUAUAACAGGAUACCUUCCCAUUCUGAUUCUUCAGAUGUUUCUGUACUUUGGUCAGUUUUAUAUCGAUUGACGGUCUUUCUUGAGCCCAAAGAGUUUCCCAGAGUACUAGCUGAAGCUGUACCAGCACAGAUGUAUUUUCCUGUUGCUUUGGCAUCAUUCUUCAUAGCAUAUGUUGUGACUUUCGGAUGGACUAACAUAGCAUCAGAACACUUUCAAUUGAUUCCACUUCUUUACAACUAUAUUAAUAUAAUUUUUGUUGGAGAUAGUGAUAAUGAUGAUUUUGAGGCACCAUCAAUUCCUUACCACAGGGAAAUUCCCAGAACUCUUUUCUUUGGUCUUCUUGGUGUUACAUACUUCGUCCUUUCUCCUCUAAUACUUCCAUUUCUCUUGGUCUACUUUUGUUUGGGAUACAUCAUUUAUCGCAACCAGCUCUUAAAUGUCUAUGUGGCAAAGUACGAGACUGGAGGAGAGUUUUGGCCUACAGUACACAACUGCACAAUUUUUUCAUUGAUUUUGAUGCAUAUUAUAGUAAUUGGGAUAUUUGGGCUGAAGAAGCUUCCAGUAGCAUCUGCCUUGACUCUACCUCUUCCUAUUCUCACACUUCUAUUCAAUGAGUAUUGUCGGAAACGUUUCUUUCCUAUUUUCAAGGCUUAUCCUGCCGAAUGUUUGAUCAAGAAGGACAGAGAAGACCAAAAUGAGUCUUACAUGUCUGAAUUUUAUGAUAAGUUGGCCAGUGCAUACAAUGAUCCAGCUUUGAUGCCAAUCAAAUAUUCAGGAGGAAGUGGUAAUAGCCCCAGGCUUCCUCUACUCAAUAACUCAGAAGUUUGA